AAGUAUCGAGUAUGUACUUGUAUUUACUCGUAUCGUUUAAUCCCUAGUUAGAUCAGAAGUUAGAUUUUUGUUUACAAAUGAAAACGGCUGGAUUGUGUCGUACAAAUCCUAAUAUCUCAGCAACAUUCGGAUACCAUCAAUAUAAACCAAAUAGAAGUCAUGUCAAUGAUUCCAUUCUUUCCAUCAUUACGGCCACAAAUCGCCAAUCGAAUUUGGUUCGAAAUUAAUACACCACCCAGUGAAGAUGAUGUUUUGCGCUAUGAGCGAGAACAUGAUAGCUGGAAAGAAUCUAUUAAAAAUGCUGCAAGUGAUAUUCCACCAUUGGGUAAAGUACUUACAAAACCAGGACCAGAAACUGAUGACGAAGAUGCCAACGAUGAUAGCGAUGAUUCUGAUACACAUGACGACGAUGAUGACACAAAUGAUAGAGCCAUUCCUGGUCAGCCAGAGCAUUCAGCACUUUAUUCGCCCGGUGAUGAUAUUAAUCCUAUGAAUGAAGAUGCUCUGCCAUCAACAGAACUUACAAAUCGGAACGCCAUUAUGCACAUAUAUACAUGUUAAGGCAAAGAAUAUACAAUGUAGAAAGGAACGGGCGAUAUUGUUAGCUGACGUUGAUUGCAAAAAUUGAAACUGACCAAACUUAGUGGUACAACAAAAAGCAAAUCGCUUUGAUAUCUGGCAGAACAAAGGAACGAAAGAGUUGAAAAACUCGGAAAGAGCAAUGUCUGGUGAUUAUGAUUUGGUGGAGCAAGGAUCCCAUCGAAGUACCUCCAAAGGUUUUUACGAUUUUUGCAUACCACCAUCAUAGGAGAAAAAAUAUCCAAAUGGGCCGAAAUGGCUAAUUCAGUAGAUAGACCACUAGCCGUGUAUGCCUGGAUGUCACGUUCAAAUCCUUGCAACGUUAUGAAAAUAUCGGCUUCAUUAGUCAUAUAAAGGAACUGAUUAGACAAACAUGUAAACGAAAUGUUGGGCAAAUUGCCACAGAAUUCCCACGUGGAGACCUUUAGGUAGCACUGUACCAGCCAGUUGUUACUUUCUGGUUUUCACCAUACAAGCGUCAAUCAGUUCUUUAAAUGCCUGGUGUGAGAUUAAGCUGGACCUCUUGAAUGUAUGUACAUAAUGCACGCAAAUAUAG